AUUUAUUGACGUGGAUAACUCGAUCCACAAGACAAAAAGAUCCCUCCAUCCCAAAUCUGCCAGCACACGAUAAACUCGAAAUGGGCUGGCUUUGGAGAUCAUCACCCUCGAAGGAGGAACCUCAAACAACCUCCUCUAUGCCUUCUUUGUCCGACAAUGCGGCACCGCAGCCAUCACCUGCAGCAGAGACACCAGGCACCACGCCGCCAUCGUCGCAGUCUCGGCCCUUGAGUCGCGAGGAACAAGCGGAUGCAGAGUUCAACCAGUUACUGGAGAGCUUAAAGGCCGACGUAUCACGAACAAAAUCGCCACAGCAGUCGUCCAGUGUCUCAGAAUCUCACCUAUCCUCAUCAUCACUUUCCGGCCCUCCGCAACCUCCAGCUUCGAUCGCCCCCGAGUCUCUCUACCCCGAUUCCAUGUCCUGCCGCUCUGCGUUUGACUACGCGUUUUUCUGUCAGUCAUUUGGAGGCCAGUUUGUGAACGUAUACCGCUACGGCGAGCUGCGGUCGUGCAGCGAACACUGGGAUAAUUUCUGGCUGUGCAUGAAGGCCCGCGGAAUGGCGGACGAAGGGCGCAAGAAAGUGAUUCGGGACCACUACCGGAAAAAGGCCGUCAAGUACAAGACGGGGCCGAGCAGUGAGGAUGUCUGGGACCUUCGGGGGGAGCCAGUGCAGAACGCUUUCCAGGGGGAUUUUGCCGCACUGGAGAGGGAGAUGCAGGCCGAGGAGGAAGCAAGUCGCAACGCUGGUGGGAUAUAGAGAUUCUUCGCUUUUGGACCAUGUCUUUCUUGUGCCUCUUUCGUACCAUCUGGAUUGGAUACCUGUCCCCUCUGGGACGAUUGUAUUAUACAUUGUGGACUACGGAGUUCAUCUUAUGCUUAGCAACUGGGAUACUACUGAAUGAAUCAAGCCUUAUUAUCCUUGA